AUGACCGACUCAGACGACGAAGCCCUCUUCGCAGCGCUCGAAAAAGAAGAUGACACAAGCUACCGCGAUGCCCGAAUCCAACAACUAAACGAAGAAUUCGCGUCCAAAAAGAACAACCACAGCACAAACCCCAACCCAGGCAGCACAAACAUUCUCCAAAACGAAGUCUACCCAACCCUCUCAACGGACCAAUCCGUGCUAGACUUUACAACCCGCACCAGUCGAUGUCUAGUACACUUCGCACACCCCGAUUUCACACGGUGCGCUGUAAUGGACAUGCGACUAGGCGAGCUAGCGAGCGCGCACUACGAGGUUUCAUUUGCGCGCGUGGACGUGCGCAACACCCCUUUCAUUGCCGAGAAACUGGGUAUCAGGAUCUUGCCUUGCGUUAUUGGGUUUAAGGAUGGGGUUGGGGUUGAUCGGGUUGUUGGGUUUGAGGGGCUUGAGGCAAGGGGAUUUGAUGGGGUUGAAGGGUUUGAGGCUAAGAACCUGGAGAAGAGGUUGGUUGCCAAGGGGGUGCUUCUGCAGGCUAAGUUGAGUGGUGGGGAUGAUGAUGAUGAUAUUCGUGAUGAUGACAGUGGUGAUGAUGAGCAGGGUGGGAGGAGGACUUUUAGGAGAAUUAAAGGGAAGAAAGGGAUCCGGAGUGCCAAUCCCAAUGUGAGAAACCGAGGAGACGACGACGAUGGUGAUUGGGAUUAA